GUUCAUGAUAUAAUGAUGGUUCAGAAAAAAGUAUCGACAUCAUACCAAAGAUAAAGGAGCAUCUAGUGAGCAUUGUAUGUUAAGGCUGACAUGUCGCAAUCGGAACACGAUCGAGGCGAAAUAUGCCGAAAACGGAUAAUCCAAACGGAAACUACCGACUGGAGAUCGCUAUGACGUCAUUCGGUGAUAUUGUGACGUCACGCCAUUGUCUGACAUUGUCUCAGCCAGCUACAACAGCACUGCAGUACGCUCUUCAUUUAUCGAGAUAAUCCAAAGAUUAUGCCAGUCACCAAACGUCUGACCAUGUCUGAGUGUGAGGGAUUUGAUCCCGAGGUGGCCGAGUGUUUUGCACGUACAGAACCGACAGAGAUUCAUGAUGCGGUUCCCAAACACGUCACAAUAAAACCAAAACCAGUCGCCAGACGUCUGACCAUGUCCGAGUGUGAGGGGUUUGAUUCCGAGGUGGCACAGUGGUUCGCACACAGAGAACUUAAAGAGUUCCACGAUAUGGUUCCCAAACACGUCGCGAUAAAACCAAGACCUAUUCGACCCCAGCCUCCAUUCCAAUGGGACUGUUGUCAAGAGGAUAAACAAAAUGUCAAAGAGCACGAGCUCCACGUGCAGCUGACGGCUGUCCUGGCCGAGGUGGACACUCUCCGGGCUGACCUACGAGAUGCUCGACACCGCUCCAAAUGUCUGAAAAUGAAGAAUCAACAUUUCAAGACACAAGUCAGACAACUGUCGGAUGAGAAAGUCUCCCUCGGGGAGCAGGUGGACCGCUUGUUGAAGGAGGUGGACAUGUUGAGAGCUGAAAGACUGGGUGUACUUUCUGGAGCUGGAGAAGGUGUUGGACUUGUUCAGAGGUCAGGGGCUACACAGACCUCGUGCUUUGACCACAUUGUGUCUCCUAAACAAGACAAUACGUCAACAAGACAUCAUGAACUCUCUCAAAAUAAUCUCUCAUCAAAGAAGCAUAUGUCAUUCAGUACAGCCAGUGUGAUCGAAAAUUGUAAUCAGAAACGAAAUGUACAAAAGCCAAAAUCAAUCUUUCAUCGUUUUACCAAACUGUUCAGAAGAAACAAAUCCUAA